AUGUCAGAGUUAAAAGGAAAAGUAAUUCUAGCAUAUAACGGUGGUUUAGAUACCUCUUGCAUAUUGUUGUGGUUGAAAGAAAAAGGAUAUCAAGUUAUCGCUUAUGUAACAAACAUCGGGCAAAAAGAAGACUUCGAUGCAGUUAAAGACAAGGCGUUCAAAAUUGAUGCUUACAAGAUCGUGAUAGACGAUAUCAGAGAAGUGUUCAUAACUUCCUGUGUGGCUUGUGGUUUAUUGUAUGAGAGAAGAUAUCUUCUGGGUACUGCCAUAGCAUGACCGUGUAUCAGCUAAAGUUUAAUAAAAGCCGCAAAGGCUGAGGAUUCCAGUAUCAUCGCGCAUGAGACAAUUGGAAAAGGGAAUGAUCGAGUUCGCUUUGAAUUGAACUGCUUGUACCCUGAAAUUACUAUUUUAGCUACGUGGAGAGAAGUCAAAUUUUAUACCAAGUUCCAAGGAAGAUUGGAUUUACUGGAGUACGCACGACGAAAUGGAAUCCCGAUCUUUGCAACGUCAAAGGAACCGUGGAGCACUGAUGCUAAUCUCGUACACAUUAGUUACGAAUCAGGAAUACUAGAGGAUCCUAUCAUUCCAGCGCCGAAAAAACUCUACAAAAUGCUGAAAACGACCACUGAUCCAAUCGAUUCCACCUUGCAAGCGGAAGAAAUUGAAAUUAGCUUUAAGAAGAAAUACCUGAUUAACGUAAAUCUAAAAGAUGGGAAAAUAUUCAAUGUUCCUCUCGCAAUAAUUGAAUAUCUCAAUGAGAUCGGCGGUGCACAUGAUACCGGGAAAUGCAUAAAAUUGACUGUAACAAUAUUUGUUCAAUUUCAGUCUCGAGCCGUUUACGAGUCGCCAGAUGUUCACAUUUUAGAAGUCGCGUAUCGAGACUUGGAAAUGUACGUAUUUACAUUGGAUCGCGAGAUUCCGAGAGUCAAAUCCUAUCUGACAGAUAAGAUGUCAGAUUACGUUUAUAACGGUUUCUAGUUUUCACCGGAAUGCGAUUUCGUAUGAGAAUGCAUCCAGCAUUCGCAAAGAUACGUAAACGACACAGUUGAGGCUGCAGCUGAAUAUCAUUUCUUCUCUCUUGUAGCUAUGACGAUCGCCAGAUCGAGCGAGAUUUCGUUCAACCAACCUCUCGUCUCAAUGGACGUACAGGACGACUACGAACCGGUGAAUGAUACUGGAUUUAUCCGCACGCAUUUUCUGAGACUAAAGGAGUUUUAUCGUUUCAAUAAACAACACAAUGUUUGA